GUGGAUGUACGAAUAUUUCGUCGACAUCUUACUAUUCAAAGCAAAUUUGCAUAACUAACUACAUUCAAAUCAGCCAUGAAAUAGGAUCUUUGCAACGUUCCAAAAUUUGAAAAUUUUCCAGAUAUCGUUCAGGAUUUCUCGACAUAGGCAUGAAAUUCGAACAUUUGCGGCGCGUCGUUAUUAUCCGCGCGUCGUUAUUUCCAAAAUUUCAAAGUUUUCCAGAUAUCGUUCAGGAUUUCUCGACAUAGGGAUGAAAUUCGAUCCUUUGCAGCGCGUCGUUAGUAUCUGUUCUUUGAUCGGGAAGCAGAUAUCGUUAACGAUUUCUCGACUUCGGAAUUUACUAUUCACUAAAUCUUUCAGCUGGAGUAAACUUUUUCCUAUCAGAGUGUUAAGGGAGUUGAAAUUCUUCCGGCGGAACUCCGGGAAGAACCCUACCACCGACGCAAACAACAAGAAUCUUCCACUAGAGCAGACCGUUUCAUCUGCAUCUCAGCAGGGUGCGGAUCCAUCAAGACUUCCUUUUAGCGCCAUUCAAGAACCCGAGCGAAACCGUAAGUCCGGACUGGAUCAAGAAACACAUUUAAGGAGAAAGAGCGAGAAAACCCCUUCCAAGAGCCAAGUGAAAGGGUCGGAUCAGUUCUUACAGUCACGCACGCCAGAUAAAUUGCCGACGAGCAAGGGCAGGUUUGGAUGGGUUCCGAUUGUCGAACAGGCCGGAUUGGCUUCUCCGGAUCGAAGGGAGUAUUCGCACCAUCCGGGACAAUUCCAGUUGCCGCCCCCACCACCUCUUAUGGCAAACCAUGCGCUGAACUUCGGGAAUGGUUACAGUGCUGCUACUCCUCGCUCUACAACAACGGGUGGGAGAGCCUCAUCGGUUCAUUCUGGUACAAGCUCGACGCAAAGCACGCCCACCAAGAGCGUUUCUAAGCCCAUGAUCAAUGGGGUUAGCAACUCUCGUGCUCCACAGUGUUGUGGAACUGUCAAGGCUAUGAAUUUUUUGGUAUCAUCUAAAGGGAUACCAUUGUCAACUGCACCUCCACCAGUUUAUGCAUCAGUUGAAGUACCACAUUUUGAGCUCAAGGAGGAUCCCUCCUUUUGGAUGGAUCACAAUGUACAGGUUGUGAUUCGGGUUCGUCCUAUCAACAUCGUAGAGAGAAGUCAACAAGGUUACAGUAGAUGCAUAAAGCAGGAAAGUGCACAAAGCAUCACAUGGAUUGGACAAUCAAAGACUCGAUUUAUGUUUGAUUAUAUAGCAUGCGAAACUGUCAAUCAGGAGAUGUUGUUUCGAGUGUCUGGACUUCCAAUGGUUGAAAAUUGCAUGUCAGGAUAUAACAGUUGUGUGUUUGCUUAUGGACAGACUGGAAGUGGGAAGACACAUACAAUGCUUGGAGAGAUUAAUGAUCUGGAAAUCAGACCGAGUGCAAACCGAGGAAUGACACCACGAAUUUUUGAAUUCUUAUUUGCACGGAUUAAAACGGAGGAAGAGAACAGGAGGGAUGAAAAACUUAAAUACACUUGCAAGUGUUCAUUUUUGCAGAUUUAUAAUGAGCAAAUUUUUGAUCUUCUCAACCCCUCAUCUACUAACUUGAUUAUUCGAGAUGAUCCGCGGAAGGGAGUUCAUGUUGAAAACCUUUCCGAAUUUGAAGUUGAAAAUGUUUAUGACACUUUGCAACUUCUUAUUCAGGGUGCUGCAAAUAGGAAAGUAGCAGCAACAAUGAUGAAUCGUGAAAGCAGUCGUUCUCAUAGUGUAUUCACUUGCACCAUAGAGAGCAGAUGGCAAAAAGAUUCAACAAGUACAUUGCAUUUUGCAAGGUUGAACCUCGUGGAUCUUGCAGGAUCUACAAGGCAAAAAACAUCAGGUGCUGAAGGGGUUCGCUUAAAGGAGGCUUCAAACAUUAAUAAAUCCUUAUCAACACUAAAUCAUGUAAUAAUGGUUUUAGCUGAAUUAGCAAAUGGAAGGCAAAGACAUGUUCCUUACAGAGAUUCGAGACUGACAUUUCUUCUUCAAGAUUCUCUUGGUGGAAAUUCAAAAACAAUGAUCAUUGCAAAUGUCAGUCCUUCUAUAUGCUCAGCAAAUGAAACGUUAAACACUCUUAAAUUCGCCCAGCGUGCGAAAGCUAUUCAGAACAAUGUUGUUGUGAAUGAAAAUGCUUCGGGGGAUGCCUUCGACUUACAUCAUCAAAUACUUUUGUUAAAGGAGGAGCUCUCCAUGCUCAAGCAGCAAAACAUCUCGAGAUCAUUAUCUUUUCGUACAGAAACUCUUGAAAAGGUUGAUAAUGAUGCUUAUUCUGCUAAAAUAUUGCCUGGAAUUCUAUCCGAGUUUAACCAGAUCCCCGACAAUGAAGAAUUGCAGGAUGUUAGAGUUUUAAAUAAGCAGGAUCUUUGUUUGACUUCUCCUGAAAAAGUGCCUUGUUCAUGUAGCACAAAGCAUGCUGAAGAAGUUUUGUAUCUGGAACAAGAGUUAGACAGACUGAAGGCGAUUAUUGCAGUAGAGAAAUCAUCUCGCGUUGAGGCAGAAGAAAGAGCAAUUCUUUCAGAAACUAAGCUAAGCAUAACAAAUGGUAAGCUCAUGCUGAUAAUUAAGAGAUGUGAUGCAACAGUAGACAAAUUGAAGGACACAAGGUCUGUCAUUGAAGCCCUUGAAUCCCAACAAAUGCUUUCAAUUAAUGAACUUGAGGAACUAAGAGAGAAUAACAAUCGACUUGCGGAUACCGUGAAGAUACAGGAGCAACAGAUCUCCACAAUGAAGAAACAACUUGCUUUGCGUGUUGAUGUUGGAAACAGAAAAUCUAUUAUUGCUCAUGAAAUAUUGAGAGAAUAUUACUUUGAAAGUGAGUGCUCUUCUCCCUUUCAGGAUAAACUGAAAAGAGUGCAAGCUUCUCUAGAAAAAGCUUGGAACCUGAACAUAAGGUAUCAAAGUGACCAGGCAUCUCACUCAUCCAGUGAAAGAGAAAUGGAUGAAGUUCGUAGGCAAGUUGAAGCUGAAACUGCUGAAGUUAUUGUCUGCCUGCAAGAGGAGCUCACCAUAGUUAAUCAUAUAGUUGAUGAAUGCAACAAAAAUGAACUGGUGGCCAAACAACGCUUAAUGGAUCUUGAAAAGGAGAAAAAGGAGCAAGAUGAUAAAGUCUAUUUGUUAACUCUAGAAAAUAUAAAGCUUGCCAAAUUAACUGAAGAGAAAGAGCAAAAUGCGAGUUCAAUCAUAGAACAUUGGGAGAAACUAGCCAUUGAUAUUUCAAAUCUUCUUGAGAACGGGAAGACACAACUCGAAAAUGCCACUCAUGAAGCAGCUUCUAUUUCUAAUAUUUGCUCUCACAAAAGUUGGAUCGGUGAGCAAUUUGAAAAAAUUAUUAUUGGAAUCUCUAACAGAGAUUCCUUAAUUGAAGAACUACAGAAGAAUUUGGAAGAUGCUUGUUAUGUAAGGCAUGAUAUUGAGUCAAAAUUGAUGGCCUUGAGAGGAGCAAUAUUGGCUUUUACUGAAGCACAACAGCAAGAAAACUCUGAGAAAGAAAGCAGAAUUCUCCAUUUAACUUCACUAUUGGCCGAGAAAACAUCUAUCAUAUCUGAAUUAGAAGACAAAGUUGAAGAAGCUGUAAGAAAAGUUAGGAACGUUGAGAUAUGCGCUGCAAUUUUUUUCAUUAUUGGGAAGAAAUUAUAUGAGAUAAAUAAGAUUCAUCUUCAAGCAUUGGAUGAGGCCAACUUGCAGCUUAGAGAAUCUGAAAGAGUUAUUACACAGAAAGAAGAUAUCAUGCAAGGACAUGCUUCUUUACUCUCUAUUGAAGGCAAAAGAUGUCAAGAUCAAAGAGCAAAUGUAGAGCAAAAUUAUCAACAGGCCAAUUCUCUAGAGCACUGGAAACAUGACUAUUUAGAUACCAGUUCGAAGAACGAGGAGGAAAACAUCGCAACUUCAGAUUCUUCUUGUGGUCUUGUAGAAGCAAAGAUGAAGCUUCGAGAAUUUCAAAUGCAAAUGAGUACACUGAAAUCUUGUAUGCAUGAGUAUGCUGAUAACCAGCUUGUCCAGUGCAAAUCAAUAAUAUCAGAACUGAACUUGCAUGAAGAGGCACAAGCAAGCGAAUAUAACCGGAAGUUUAAAGAGCUGGAGGCGAUGGCAUUCCAACUCAAAACUGAGCUCGUAACCUCCAAUACUUCAAAUCCAACAUCUACGAAAUCGGAAAACGGCGCAGCAAAAAGUAGAGGCUCUGGUUCUCCUUUUAAAUGUAUGGUGGGACUAGCACAACAAAAUAGCACCGAGAAGGAUAAGGAGUUCACUGUGGCAAGAUGCAAGAUUGAUGAACUCGAAGCUUUAGCUGCAAGCCGACAAAACCAGAUUUUUAUGUUGAAUAUACGCUUAGCAGCAGCUGAGAGCAUGACCCAUGAUGUUCUUCGAGAUUUACUGGGAAUCAAGUUGGAUAUGACAAAAUACACAAUGAAUGGGGGAUCUCAUUCAAAUGAUUCAAUGAAAGAGAAGGGUAAAGAGUUGGGAGAGCUGAAAAGGAAAGUUGAUGAACUUGUUGAAGAGAGAAAAAGUUUGCUUGAAGAAAUAAAUAGAAGUCACAGAGAAUUAAUUGCGGCUCAAAUUUGGUUGGGGAAGCUCGAGGAGAAUGAGGAAUUUUUAUCUACUGAAAAUGAACUAUUGAAGGCUGAUAAUGCCAAAUUGUCAUGGAACUUGAGGAGGAAUUAGAAAAAAUUUCUAUUCUAUUGGAUAUGCAAUAACCCACUCCAUGUUAAGGGAGCUGAAGCAGCGCCAGUGAUGUUUUUAGUCAUGGAGAGGCUCUAACCUCUAUAUAUAUAUAAUCUUGCUGCUGUACUAAUUUCUCAUUAGACUCUUAGCUGCCAAAGAGAUUUCUAAUAAAUAAUCACUCAUUGGCCUAUCGCAAAUAUUGAGUUUUAUGGCCAAUUUUUGGUCUUAGAUUUGUUGAUUUCUUCCUUUUUAUUGGUGUUUUUUGGGAGGCAAAUUUUUUAUCAAAUUAUGUAAAGAGCAGAUUAUUGAAAAAAUGUAAAGCUUCAUUUCAUCUCA